UGGGAGGCAAAAGCGUGUCCGAGUAGGAUUGAUACCUAAGGAGGACUCGUACUCUGAAUGUAACAUUGAUUUUGGAGAGUCUCGAACACAUCCUUUUGAAGCCAUCGGCUACCUGUUUGCGGGCUAUCUCCAGAAAUCCCACGCCAAGCAGCCCGAUAUAUCAAGGUCCCUUUUCUCUGCUCUUCCUCGAGUCCCUUGUCCAGGAUGCAAGGGGACAUCCGCGACCCUCGCGGCCAUGCAGACUUGAGGUACAGCUCAGUACAACACAGCGGAUGUGAUGGCAUGCAGGAGGGUAUUCGCAUUCGUCAGCGUUGCCCACGUUGGGAGCAUGUGCGAGUAAUUGCUGGAAUUGUCAGAUUCUGGUUUUGGGGUGCGAGGGGGAAGGGACUCGGUGCAAGAGUUGCCACUGGUGAGGGUACGAAGUUGGUAUAGGUGAUGAGAGGCUACUUGUACUCCACCACGUUUUUAUCUUGGGGAUGACGCAGUCCCGGGAGUAGCCGCGUCAAGACUUCUGACUCAAAGUCAAUUCCAGCGUCUUCACCACCUGCACCAUUCCUCCUGUUCUAUGCCCCUUUGGUCGUGUGCAUACAUCUCCCGUCGACUUACCAGAAAUCCCCCGACGAUUUUUGCGACUGCAGAAGUCACAUAGAUACUAUACCUAGGUAAGGAGUACUAAGUACCUGCCUCGUCAGGUCCAGAUUCAGUGCAAAAACUCUUCCUUGCCCCUGCUCUGCCGUCCACCUGGGCAGCACGGAGCUUCCUCCCCGCCUAUUGUACGGUCCAGCCCAGUGCCGGCCGUAGCGUAGCCCAGCGUCCAGUACUCGUGGUCCGUGGAGGACGGUCCAUCCUUUGCACCGAGGUCCCUCUACUCCGUUGGUCCCCUGCUCCUGCCUACCAUACUUUGCCCUACCCUGCCCUACUCAUUCCCCUCCACCGCUCUUCUUCUAUACUUUCCUAUCCCAUGCCGAAUGGGAGAUACCUGCGAAUAACAUCCUAUCGACAGCCCGCCAACCUGCCAACCUGCCAACCCUCGAUCCCACCUUAACUCUCGGGAUCUGCCAGACGUUGCUUGCUGGUGUGAGCCCUUCAGAACCCUUCAUUCUCCAUCCACCCCACCAAUACCGCACUGCUCGACGGAUCCUGUCGAUUGCCCGCCGCAAGGUUACACAUCCAAACCGAGCUUUCUGGGCCGCUGCACAGGGAAACGUUGAUCCCGAACCGCAACUCCAAGAGAUUAUCAGCGACCACUUCUAUACCGCCAUCGACAACCAGCUGGCAGAAAGUCUGAUCGACCCCAUUUUCCCUUUUGCGACGGUGCCUAUCCCGAAAAAGGCACUACGCACCCACUCGUCCCAACUCUAGCCCAUCCCUCGAACCAUCUCGGCCUGCUCCAUCUCCCCAGGGAAGCUUUCCCGCGACCCCACCUCUCCGCAUACAGAGCAACAACUGGCUGGAGUGGUCUGUCACUAUUUCUCCCCCCAAACCCAGAGGUGCCGUGACGGUCUACUGCAGCCCUUUUUGAUUUUAUUUAUCAUGUCGGUCAAGUAAGUCUCAAUCUUGUGUGCACUCUCAUUCUUCUUCCUUUCCCCUUCUUUCAUACUUUCGUCAUCGGGGAGCAGCUGGAUUCCACACAACGCGCUCUUCCAUCAUGUAUCAAUUCCACCAAGAACAGUACUCCUACACCAUACUGGCCGAGAAGACAAAGCUAAAACCGCGAAGUUGGGUAAUGACCACACCCGGGUCGGAGGGCUUUCUCAAACUACCAAAUGAAACGUUUCUCUACACAUCUCCUCCGCGAACGAGUAUCCAGUUGUCGACGCCAAAUACUUUUCCAGCUGCGCAACCUUACUCUGCAAAAUGCGAUUCGGGAAUCGUAUACAUCACCAAUCAACGAGUAUGUUUUCCCCUAUGGCCCUGUUCUAAUCAAGAACCGUCACUAAGCCAUCAUAGAUAGUAUACCUUCCCUCAGCACCUACAACAGAACUCCAAUCCUUCUCCGCCCCCAUACUCAACCUCCAAGACACCUUCGUCCGCGCCCCCUUCUUUGGCGCAAAUUACUGGACUGCAACCGUGAAACCCGUAAACGGGGGCGGAAUUCCCUCUUCGCACUUAGCAGUAGAACUAAAAAUCACAUUCCGGGAAGGCGGCGCAUUCGACUUCCACACUAUUUUCGAGCAAAUAAAGGAGCGAUCGUACCAGGCAUAUACACUAGCGCGAGAGACCGGACACAAUGGCGUAACCGGUGAGGAUCUUGCGAAUGUUCAUCUGGAGCAAUUACCUGCCUAUGAAGCGGGGAGGGAUGUCGAAGAUGCUGAGGAGCCGAGAAUCUUAAGUCCUAUUCCUAGACGACCGACGGGAAAUGUAGCGUCGGAAGCGAUUGUGCCACCUAGUAACCCCCCAGCGCCUGAUGAGCCGCCGCCUGGGUAUGAGGAAGCGCAGGUUCAGGCCGUGGGAGCGGUUUUGGAGGAUAGGUUGCGAAGGGAAGCACCAUAAAGACUGUCUCACUGCAGCAGUUCGCCCUUCAAUCUUUUCAACCUGGGACAGGCAAUUAGGCAUGGGAAAAUUAUGAUCGGAUUCGGUCAUGGAUCAUGGGAAGAUAGUAGAUUUCUUGAAAUUGUGACUGACGACUCUUUUUUAUCAUGGCGUUUGAUACCUUUCAUAUUCAAGCAGAAUAUCUCUUCAUUUUCAGAAGAAGAAGAAGGUCGGAAUGGGAAAAGGCGUUUUGGGCUCUCUUUCUCUGGUUGGAAGAGAUUGUUAAUUUGAAGGGCAUGGGAUAAAGGAUGGGAACUACGAUUAUGAAAUAGAACAAAUAUAAAUAUUUUCUGUCUUGUUAAA